CGGCAGCAGCAGCAGCUCUGGGUCUGAGCCGAUGGACGAGGUGAGGAGGAGAGCUCUAUCCGUCCUGUCCUCGUCUGGUGUCGCUCAGGACGUGAAGGGCGAUGUUCAGGCGAUGGCGGACGCCGCUCUGCCCCCGUCACAGAAAUACCAACACCUGGCAGCGGAGUCCGUGCUGAGGGAGAACACAAGCAGCUGCAGCAAACACGAGGUCAUGGAGUCUUUGAGUCGCCUAGUCAAGGCCUUGAGUAUCCUGGAGAAGUACGGCUGUAACCUGACAUCUCCUGCCAGACCCAGAUACUGGAGGAGUGUCAAGCACAACAACCCCGUCUUCAGAACCACGGUGGACGCUGUCAAGGGAGGACGUCGUGUUCUCUUCCUCUACGGUUACACUAACCAGCAGAUGGAUGGCCUCAGUUUCCCCGAUGACGUCAGUGAGCCGGACACAGACAAGGUCGCGGCGGUGACACUGGAGGUCAUGACCCUGCGCACAGAGGUGGACAUGCUGGUGAAGGGAACUCAUCCUCACGUAGAAAACUUCAAAGACAUCGUCCCAUUUGUCGCUCAGCAGUGUGAUUCUGUUGUUCAGGACGUGACAUCAGCUGACGCCAUGGUGAUUCCGCCUGAGAAGGAGCAGCAGAACAUGAACAAAGCGCCGCUCGUCUCUCCUCCUCCUAAACCUCCUCAGAGGCUCGUGGCUCCGCCCCUCAAAGCCAAACCCUCAGCAGGUGAAGCAGCAGUUGCCGUGUGUGUGGGCUCUGAGUGUAACCUGUGUGGCGUGGCUCCGUCCCUCGUCUGUCCUCCGUGUGGAGGUCAGUCCUUCUGUGACGCCUGUGACCUCCUCUUCCACCGACACCCGAGCAGAGCCAAUCACAAGAGAGACAAGAUCCACCAGACCAAGCACGAGCCGUGUGGUAUCUGUGGUAUAUCAGUGGUGCAGUGUCAGUGCUCCACCUGUGUGCAGAGACUGUGUGUGAACUGUGACCUCCUCUUCCACUCUCACCCUGAGCGUAAAGGACACAACAGGACAUUUGUCACAGCUGCAAAGACGUCCAGUCUGUCUCUGUCUCCGUGGGAAUGCAGUCACUGCACCACGGUGAACGAGAUGCGAGCCGUCCUCUGCUCCACCUGUGAGCGACCUCGUCUCGCCACGGCCACGUCCGUCGCUCAGGAAAACCCUGCAUCGCUUCCCACCUCACCAAGUUCAGAGUGGCAGUGUAGGAGCUGCACUGUGGUCAAUCAAGGCAGCAGCAUCCUGUGUGAGGUGUGUGAGCGCCCCCGUCUGGCCACUCGUCCACCUGUGCCGCUUGUCGUCCCAGCGCCGUCCAACUCUGGACCUCGGUGUGAAACCGAAACAAAGUGGACCUGUCAGUUCUGCACCUAUGUCAACACCAAGCCCACCACAGUGUGUGAGAUGUGUAACCUGUCGUGUAAAGACUCCGCCUGCUCCGACUCCGCCGGAGACUCUGCGCCUCACUCUUUUCAGCAGCCGCCACCGUCCGUCGCCAUAGAGCAGCCUCAGGUCGGCGUGAAGCCGCAGCCCAAGCCCAGAGAGAGUGUGGAGCUGAGGAGGCAGAAGCUGAUGAGGGAGGACGGACUCGGCCUCAUCCAUCACAUCAGGGAGGCAGAGAAGCGUGGUGUGAGUCCUGAGGAAGUGUACGCCGCUCUGUGCGUGUGCGGCGGCAGCAACGUCAGCCCCUGUGACUGGCUCACAUCAGAACUGCCCCACCUGCUGGACGAGAUCUGUGCCAUGGCUGCGUCCGUGCAGGUCAACUACAGAGCUGGGGAUUCUGGGAUACGCGCCGCCGUCACCGCCGUGGAGAGAGACGGCGAGGAGCCACAGGAGAGCGACGCCAACGUGAAGCUGUCCAGAGCUGAGGCCAAGCUGGCGUGGUUAGCGGCGGGCGGAGACAUGGAGAGAGCGGUGACGCAGCUGCUGAGAGACCGACAGGCGAAGAUGAGGGAGCUCCACUCUCUUGGCUUCAGAGACGUGGCUAAGUGUGAGGAGGCGCUGCGGCUGAGCGGCGGUGAGGUCAAAGGGGCUUUGUCUCUGCUGCAGCGCCCUCUGCUGGAGCCGUACCACCAGCGUAUCUGGACUGACUUUCCUGAGCCUCAGAUCGACGCCGCACACCCGGACAAACAGAGGAUGUGCAGGCGUCUCCUGGCGCUGUACGACCUGCCCAGCUGGGGGCGCUGCGAGCUGGUGCUGUCCCUGCUGCAGGAGCCGGACGUCACAUACUCUCUGGAGGACGUGGUCCAAGCCGUGAAGGAGUCACAUGACCGGGAUUUCAUCAGGCGUCUCCUGAAGAACGAAUGUCCCUGCUGUCUGUGCGUCUUCCCCCGCAGUAAGAUGCAGUCUCUGACGUCAUGUCAGUGCUCCGUGUGUCACGACUGUUUCGGUCAACACUUCACCAUCGCAGUGAGAGACAAACACAUCAGAGACAUGGUUUGUCCCGUCUGCGGAGAACCUGACAUCAACGACCCCGAGCAGCUUGACAGCUACUUCUCCACGCUCGACAUACAGUUGCGCGACUGUCUGGACAUGGACGUUUAUGAGCUGUUUCAUAAAAAACUGACGGAGCACGCUCUCAUGAAGGAUCCUAAGUUCCUCUGGUGCUGUCACUGCGUCUCAGGGUUCAUCAAUGAUGGAGAUCAGCUGAAGGUCACAUGUCCGUCCUGCAGACAGAGCUUCUGUACUCAGUGCAAGAAACCUUGGGAGGCUCAGCACCAGGACUUGUCCUGUGAACAGUUCCAGUUGUGGAAGCGAGAGAACGAUCCAGAAUACCAGAGACAGGGUUUGGCUGGAUACCUGAGAGACAAUGGCAUCACGUGUCCACACUGCAGGUUCCAGUACGCUCUGACCAAAGGCGGCUGCAUGCACUUCAGCUGCUCCCAGUGCAGGUACCAGUUCUGCAGCGGCUGCAACAACCCCUACCACAAGACGCUCUGUAAGACGGCUCAGUGCAGUUACCCUGGUCUCCAUGCACAUCACCCUCGAGACUGUCUCUUCUAUUUAAGAGACUGGGAGCCUCAGAGACUUCAGGACCUGCUGCAGAAAUGUGGUGUGGAAUUCAACACAGAUCCUGACACUGGAGCUCAAACUGAUGGCUGUGGAGUGAUGGAGCAGAAAGAUGAAGGAGGUGAACAGACUGAUUCACCGUGUGGUCUCCAAACACAGCUGGGACAAGCUGGACUCUGCGAGAAACAUUACAGAGAAUACCUCGUAAGUCUGAUCAACGCUCAUUCUCUGGACCCGGCUCUUCUCUACAAUGUCCAGGAAUUGACUCGAGCUUGUGAGAGAUACCAGGUGGACAUUCAGAGACUGGAGAACGAGGAAGACAGUGUUUACCACGCACGACUGCUCAAGAAACUGAUGGAAGUUCCUCUUGGAGAAAAAGUCCCUCGCAACAAGUGAAAAUUCAUUACUGGAAAAAAAACGUCCAAAUGGUGGACACUCCCUCAGAUUUGUAGCGUUUGCUGAUGAACUUGCCACUACUGAUUUCUGUAUUUUUGGGUUUUUGUUGAAUCUUCUGCACUUAACAUAUGUUUAAAUUUGUGUAUCAGACAUUUUCUGUAAAAUUAUAAAGGGCGAUCAAUUCAAACUCAAGAAAUCAAUAAAAUCAUUUUAAAAGGUG